AUGGCACAAUUCACUGUACUGGAAAAGUUUACAGAUAUAUUUAUUGGAUGGCCGCCAAUGUAUGGAUUGAUGAAGCUGGUGCUCUUUGUCUACUUGUGGUAUCCCAAAACUAAAUUAAAUCAAGGUUGUACAAGUUCUUUGGAGGUUAAUCCUUAUCUAUCACAAGUGGAAGAGUUGAAGCAGAAGCUUAUAGCAGCUGAAGAGAAACUUGCAUCUCCUGAGGAUAGAAUUUGUGUGUAUGAUGAACAAAUACAGGAAUUGAAGAAGAUGCUUGCAAAAAAAGAGGCUCAUUGUCGAGGAUAUGCCAUUGGAGUUGAAGAGCUACAGAAAAAAAUAGCAAAGCAAUAUAUGAAGACAAGCAUUCCGAGAAAAAGGGGGAAGGUCCUAAGGAACAUUGUGGUCUUCUUUUGGGGUUUGUUGUGUGUUGUCAUAGUUGCAUUUGCAAUUAAGUAG